UUAGGGGCUGCAACUCCGCAGUGUUGCACAGUGCAACUGGAGCACGACUAGCUGUAUUGCUUGGCUCGGUGGGAGACUCAAACCUGAAAUCAAACCAAGAAGCCGAGAGGAGAUAUGAAGCAGGAGUGAUUGUUUUGCGGUGCUUACUGCGAUGUUACAUUCUGUUAUGGACGUACACUGUUAGUCACGUUGUGUCCUGGUCACACCUGAAUGCUUCGCCUUUGGUGUCGUGUAAGGUGGCCAGUUAAUCUGAAGGCGUCUUUGUGGACAGGACACUUAGAGGGCCAAACAAUGGAAUGCUCUCUCCUGCCUACACUGCUCAGCACUCUACAGACUGAGGUUAAACGGCUUAGUUAGCAGUGUGCCUCUCCCCCAAGAACUCUUUUAGCCUGGGGAAAGUUGGGGAAAAUUUUUUUCCUUCAUAGUACAGCACCUUACUCCAGUUCUUUGUAGUUGUUUGUUUGGGUUUCGUUUGUCUUUGUGUGAACAAAAGUCAAGAUGGAUUUGGAACCGUACCUGUGGAUGGUCGUGAUUGGCUUCAUUAUAGCCUUCAUCCUGGCAUUUUCAGUGGGGGCCAAUGACGUGGCAAACUCAUUUGGCACUGCGGUCGGGUCAGGGGUGGUGACACUACGUCAGGCCUGCAUCCUGGCUUCCAUAUUUGAGACCCUUGGCUCCAUGCUCCUCGGUGCCAAGGUCGGGGAAACCAUUCGGAAGGGAAUUAUAGAUGUCAGUUUAUACAAUGAAACGGUGCCGGUACUGAUGGCGGGAGAGGUCAGCGCCAUGGUCGGGUCUGCGGUUUGGCAACUCAUUGCCUCUUUUCUGAAGUUGCCCAUUUCUGGAACUCAUUGCAUUGUGGGAUCUACUAUUGGCUUCUCCAUGGUUGCUAUUGGCACUAAAGGAGUACAGUGGAUGCAGUUAGUCAAAAUUGUUGCUUCAUGGUUCAUCUCCCCUUUGCUGUCUGGUCUCAUGUCUGGUCUGCUUUUCUUCAUCAUCAGAUAUUUCAUUCUUAACAAGGAUGACCCUGUUCCCAAUGGUCUUUGCGCUUUGCCCCUCUUCUAUGCAUCAACCAUCGGAAUCAACACCUUCUCCAUCAUGUACACUGGAGCUCCCGUACUGGGCUUGGAGAUGCUCCCUGUCUGGGCUGUUGCCCUCAUUACUUUGGCUGGUGCUCUGGUAUGUGCCGGUCUGGUCUGGAUUUUUGUUUGCCCCUGGAUGAGAAGGAAAAUAGCAAGUCGGCUGAAGAAAGAGCAUGCUCUCUCCCGAAUCUCUGAUGAGAGUUUGGAUAAAAUCCCGGAGGAGGAAGAGGAAGCCCCCGUGUUUAAAGAGCUUCCAGGUGCGAAAAGCAGCAACGAUGCUGUGCUGCCCCUGACAGAGGAGUCCACAGGAGAGCUGAACAGCCUGGCUAAUGGAGGCACCGUCCUGCCCAACGGCAGAGUGUAUGGUCGCACCAACUCCAUGACCAACGGGUGCCUCAAGUCACCCGUGUCCAAUGGGGGCUUCAGCUUUGACGGACACAUGCGCAGCGAUGGCCAGGUCUAUCACACGGUUCAUAAGGACUCUGGUCUCUACAAGGACCUCCUUCACAAGAUCCACCUGGGCCGCCUGGAGGACGAGCGCAGUGGCUCACGUCCCGACAACAACUACCGUCACCUCCGCCGCAACAACAGCUAUACAUGUUACACAGCAGCCAUCUGCGGCAUGCCGGUGCAGCCCCUGAUGCGGUCGGAAUCCAGCGCCCCUCCUCCAGAAGACAGUGAGAAGCUAGUGGGCGACACCGUCUUCUAUUCGAAGAAGCGAUUGCGUUACGACAGCUAUUCCAGCUACUGUAACGCGGUUGCAGAGGCUGAGAUUGAAGCGGAGGAAGGUGACGUGGAUGUGAAGUUGGCAGCAGAUAAAAGGGAGCCACGGGCCCCAGCUGAAGGGGUGCUGGAGGACUGUGUUGAUGAGGACAAGGAGGAGAAGGACAAGCCUCAAGUCUUCCUGCUCUUCCACUUCCUGCAAAUCCUGACCGCCUGUUUCGGAUCGUUUGCGCAUGGGGGGAAUGAUGUCAGUAAUGCAAUUGGCCCUUUGGUGGCCCUGUGGAUGAUUUACGAACAGGGUGGGGUGAUGCAGGAUGCGGCCACACCAAUGUGGCUGCUGUUCUAUGGCGGCAUUGGAAUCUGUACUGGACUGUGGGUUUGGGGUCGACGUGUCAUUCAAACGAUGGGCAAAGACCUCACUCCCAUCACCCCCUCCAGUGGAUUUUGCAUUGAAGUAAUGAGUGCUCUAACAGUGCUCGUUGCCUCAAAUGUGGGCAUUCCUAUAAGCUCCACCCACUGCAAGGUGGGCUCAGUGGUGGCGGUGGGCUGGAUCCGCUCCAAGAAGGCUGUGGACUGGCGUCUCUUCCGGAACAUCUUCCUGGCCUGGUUUGUGACCGUCCCUAUAGCAGGCCUCUUCAGCGCUGCUGUCAUGGCCCUGUUUGUCUACGGCAUACUGCCUUACGUUUGAGAUGGAAAAUGGGGAAGAGAGGGAGGUAUAGGAAAGUAAUGAUGAAAAAAUAAAACCCAGACACAGACAGAAAAAGUGGACAGCCAGAGGGUGGGGGGAGUCUUCAAAUGCUGCCUGGAAAAGCAUCCAGAAUCAUUUGACUUAAAUAUCCUUAAUCUUGUCAAGAGUAUUUAUUUCCGUUUUGAUUUUCUAUUGUUUUGUUGAAAUGUUACCAUAAACCAUAAGAUCUUUGACUCAUGAUUUCAAAUGGUAAAUUUUCAAAGUUCCAAAAAAUAACUCUUGUACAUUUGUGGUCCUACAUGUCCAAGGGAGUAAACAGAUGGAGAACUGGACACAUAUGCACAUACAAAUACUCAUACAAUUGUCAAUAUCGUUAAAAAAAAUAUCAGUACAUGAUGAAUGGGACUAGAAAAUUGGUUUUAUGGCACAAUGUUAUGGCUACUAACUUCUCUUGGGCCUCUAAAUGUAAUGUUUUAAUAUGCAUCAUGUGUGGUGUGUUGUAAUCGCACUUUUAUUCCCAUUCACUGAAACAUCAAACUUCUACGUAAAUGACACUGAGAUCAGCACCCUGCUGUUCAAAACCUACGUUAGCUGCAUUGCUAAAAUCAUACCUCAGUCAACACUCUAUGCCACAUAAAAGACAAGUGACAAAACUCAUAAUAUAUGAAACAUUGAAAUAAGAUGAAUCAUUUUUGUAGUGGUUAAUGUGUAUGAAUUCCCUGUUCUUUUAUUGUUGUAUUUAUUUUUAGAUAUGUUACCAUUCAUACCUUUGUAAAAACACGAGGUGUGAAGGCAAAAUCAUAUUUGGAACCAUGUAUGCUACUAUCAUUUCUACUGUGUAUAUAUUCAGCUAUGGAUUUUAGAUUUUUAGUUAUUCGAGGUCUUAUAUUGUUACAUUUAAGGAAACUUUAGACCAGGUUUGUAGUUGCAUGAAACAUAUGCUUUCUAAGCAUAUGAAAAAUAUCAAAUAUUAAAAAAUUAUUUUACUAUGACAAGACACUACAUCCAUAAUUCUGUCAUCAUGAGUAUAUCAAAAAUCUACUUUUUCUUCCAUUGCCUACCCUAAAAGAUCCUCAUAUCAGUGAAAAAUAAAUCAUGCACCAUCAUUUAAAGAUAUAAAAAUAUGAGGAGCAGGUUAGGAUCAUAAAGGAGGCUCAUCUGAAGUAUUACAUUUUAAACUUUCUGUAAUUCACCUUUUGUAUACAUAUCAAUAGGUGAUUUUUUUUCUCUCUUUUUGGAAGAUUAAUAGCCAAACAUUGCCAUACUCUUUGACAGUGUUUGUAAUAACAAUCUAAACAAUAUCCAAACAAAAGUAAUCAGUUGACUCUGUAUUGUGAAUACAGGAUGCUAGUAGUUCAGUCUAGCAAUAGUAUAUAAUGUUCUUGGAGCGCAACGGAUGAUGCCAAUAUAAAUACCUGUAUGUGCCAGGACGGCCAAAAUCACUCACAGUGAACCCAUAAAACCAACACAAACAUAGAUUUACCCACUUCAUAUACAGUAUAAAAGAGGUAUCGAGAGGCAGUGUUAGACACCGGGCCUUUCGUGUCAUAUCAGCAUUCAGUACUGAUAUCACAGAGGUUUAUCAGAAGAGGAAUUUGUUUAACAUCAGGUCAGGAUGUGAUUCAGUGGCACAAAUGUGUCAUUUAAGGAAAGGUCAAUAUGUAACAACCUAUUUGUGGCCCUGACCCCACAAGAAACCAAAAAGUCUCGUGAUUUCAAUCCAAAAAUGGCCAGGCUCACAUCAAAUGACCAUGUGAUAUCAGGUGAACUGGGCUUAGAUGUUUGUCAGACACCAUUGUAAUCUGCCUCGGGAUAGUCACCAGAUUUGGAAACUGUACAAAUGUGUGGCUUUGAACCAAUGCAAAGUGUUGCUCUUUCUUUCUUUCUUUUCUUUUUUGUGUGUGUGUGUGUGUGUGUGUGUGUAUUACUUUUGUUUUUAUUUUUCAUUAAGAACAAAGCUAUGCUUAUAUGGCCAUUUGCCUUGUAAUGUUGUGCUUUACUGUUUGUUGGAUACAGUAACUUCAGUACUGUGGUGUUUACAUUGUAAUCAUAUUGUAGAAUAACUCAUUGCAGUGGCCUAAAAAUGCCAAUCAACUAACUAUUAAUCACAAAUUAAAUAUGAAAUAACCAGGCAUAGUGCAAAGGUGUUUCAUGUCAUUUUGUGUUUUAGCAGUGUGAAUCAUAAUGAUCCUGUUACAUCACACUGCUAUAUGUAGUACACAACUUUACAUGGUGGAUAUGAUUCAAAAAAUAAUUAAAGAAAUUAAUAGAUAUAAAUUUCAUUAAACUAUAUUUUUCUACAUAUAUAGGUGGUGACUUCUCACAUGGAGAGUAAACUGGGCUAAAAGUAAAAAGUAAAAGUACCAGUAACUUUAAUAAGAAAAUUCAGUGCUGAAUACCACUGAACAAUUUCUUAAAGAUGGUUAUAUCGCAAAAGAGUCUAAAAAGUUCAGGCAGGGGAUCGUAACGUGGAUUGGUUCCAUACAUCCAUU